CCGGCAGACUUUCUAAUGGCGUUUGUCCUCAGGCGAUGGAGGGUCUUACUGGUGCUCAACGUGAUCGCGGUCGCCGGGUUCGUGACUUUCUGGGCCAAGUGCAACACGCGCAGCAGCGUCCAAGCCGCCGGUCCGGAGGCUGCGGCGGCGGUGGCGGGGACGAGGCCCCGGGCCAACGGGACGACGCAGGGGCCCAGCGUCAGCCACGAGGUGCUGCUGAAGAGACUCAGCUCGCUGGAGGAUGUGGUGUACCGGCAGUUAAACGGUCUGUCCAAAUCUCUGGGCCUGAUCGAGGGCUUCGGGGGUCGGGGUAAAGGCGGCAUUCCCGCCACGCUGUUGCCGGCCGAGGAGAGCGACGCAAAAUACCUGAGGGAGAAGUACGGCUACAACGCCUACCUCAGCGACAGGAUCUCACUGGAUCGGACCAUACCGGACCACCGGCCCGGCAAGUGCAGAAAGGCCAGCUACCCGAGAGACCUCCCCCAGAUCUCCCUCAUCUUCAUCUUCGUCAACGAGGCUCUGUCGGCGAUCCUGCGCUCGGUCCACUCGGCUGUCAAUCACACACCGGCUCACCUGCUCAAAGAAAUCAUCCUGGUGGACGACAACAGCGAUGACGAGCAGCUAAAAGGGCCGCUGGAGGAGUACGUGAACAAGCGCUACCCCGGCCUUGUGAAGAUCGUCAGGAACCAGAAGAGGGAGGGACUGAUCCGAGCCCGGAUCGAGGGCUGGAAGGUGGCCACCGCCGAAGUGACGGGAUUUUUCGACGCCCAUGUGGAGUUCACCCCGUCCUGGGCCGAGCCGGUCCUGGCCCGAAUAAAAGAGGACCACAAGAGGAUUAUUCUUCCUUCCAUCGACAACAUCAAGCACGACACGUUCGAGGUGGAGCGCUACGAGAACUCGGGCCACGGCUACAACUGGGAGCUGUGGUGCAUGUACAUCAACCCGCCCAAACAGUGGUGGGAUGACGGGGACAUAUCCGCUCCCAUCAGGACUCCCGCCAUGAUUGGCUGCUCUUUCGUGGCCAACCGCGACUACUUUAGCGAGCUCGGCCUGCUCGACUCGGGCAUGGACGUCUAUGGAGGGGAGAACAUCGAGCUGGGCAUCCGGGUGUGGCUGUGCGGGGGCAGCAUGGAGGUGCUGCCUUGUUCCAGGGUGGCUCACAUCGCCCGGAUGAAGAAACCCUACCACAGCAACAUCGCCUUCCACACGCGGCGCAAUGCUCUGCGCGUGGCCGAGGUCUGGAUGGACGAAUACAAGCCCAACGUCUACCUGGCCUGGAACAUCCCCAUGGAGGACCACGGUAUUGAUUACGGAGACAUCUCUCAGAGGGUGGCGCUGAGGAAGAGUCUGCAGUGUAAGAGCUUUGAGUGGUAUCUCGACAACGUUUACCCGGAGAUGAGGAGGUACAACAACACGCUGUUCUACGGCGAGAUCCGUAACUCCAAAGCGAGCCACCUGUGUAUGGAUCAGGGCAUGAAGGAGAACCACACGGCCACCCUGCACCCUUGCCAUGGUUGGGGUCCUCAGCUAGGACGUUACACCAAAGAGGGCCAGUUGUUCCUGGGCCCUCUGGGCAGCACCGGGGACGACACUCGCUGUGUGGUGGACGAUCAGAUCGGCAGCUUUCCUCAGCUCCUCAAUUGUGACAAGGUGACCAACGUGAAGGAGAAGACAUGGCAUUUCUCUCAGAACGAAGCGCUCAUAAAUCGAGCCACGGGCCGCUGUCUGGAGGUGGUACCGGCUAACGUCUACUUCGGCCACCUGCUGGUCCUGUACCCCUGCUCCGGGCAGAGGUGGACCAUCAAGAACACCAUGAAGCAGUAG